AUGGCUUCUCUGCUGGGGGGCUACGGCUGGUCGGAGCGGCUGGACGGGCCGCCUCUGGAGCUGCCCGACGGCGCGGCGGCGGCGGCCCGGCCCGAGAAGGGGGGCCCGGAGAGCCGCAUCCGACGGCCCAUGAACGCCUUCAUGGUGUGGGCCAAGGACGAGAGGAAGCGGCUGGCCGUCCAGAACCCCGACCUCCACAACGCCGAGCUCAGCAAGAUGCUAGGCAAGUCAUGGAAGGCUUUGACCCCUUCUCAGAAGAGGCCGUAUGUAGAAGAGGCGGAGAGGCUGAGGGUGCAACACAUGCGAGACUACCCGAACUACAAGUAUCGGCCCAGAAGGAAGAAACAGGUCAAACGGAUCUGCAAGCGGGUGGAUCCAGGCUUCCUGCUGGGGAAUCUCUCCAGGGAUCAGGAUCCCAUACCAGAGAAGAGGGUGUGCAGCAGGGCAGCAGGAGAGGAUGUUCCGGCUGAAUAUUCAACCGGUUCAGUUCUGCCGAACCUGGGGAGAUACCGGGAGGCCCAUAGCAACAAUGCUUGCACUCCCAUGGACACCUAUCCCUAUGGUUUGCCCACCCCACCAGAGAUGUCUCCUUUGGAUGUGAUAGACCCUGAACAGAGCUUUUUCUCUUCCCCUUGCCCGGAAGACCCCCACCAUCCUCACAUGCCGGGUGGGCCUUACUCUCUGGAAUAUUCCACCGGCUCUCUGCAGUGUAAUCACCCUCUAGGCCACCUGCCAGUCUCUUCAGCAGGCCCCUCCAUCCUCCCUGCUCCUUCCAGCUGCCCAGCUCCCUCCUCGGCCAGUUAUUAUGCUCCAGCCUUCCAUCCUGCCAUCCAGUCCUCCAACCUCCAUGCUCACCUGGGCCAGCUCUCGCCUCCCCCUGAACAACAGAACUUCGACAGCCUGGACCAACUGAGCCAAGCAGAGCUCUUGGAGGAGAUGGACCGCAAUGAGUUUGACCAGUAUCUCAAUGCUACCAGCCAUCCAGAGCCCGGUGGGCUGAUCAUCAAUGGACACAUCCAGGUGUCUCCAACCGUGGGCGUCUCACAUUCGUCGGAGACCAGUCUCAUUUCCGUCCUAGCAGAUGCUACAGCUACUUACUACAAUAACUACAGCAUUUCCUAGGCCUGAGGAGAAGGGGAUGUGCCCCAUGGACCAGACAAGGAAGGACUUUACAGUUUUACUGGCCUGCGGGUGCCUCCAAAUUUUCUACCCCCUUCACCUCAGGAUUGCCCAGGCUGAACUGAAAAUAGCUUUGGAGUUUUAUCUACUAGGUAAUUACUCUGAUUUAU